CCCCGUCUGCCCGCCUUCCCGCCAUCCAGCAUCCACGGCAUCCAGCCCCGCGGCUUCGGCCCCUGGACCCAGACUCCCAAGGCAAACAGGGUCCCUGGUGCUUGGCGGCAGCUUCUCCUCCUCCGGUCACUGCCGUCAGAUCGGCUCGCUGCCUGCCGCCAUUAUGAACAUCCGCAGUGCUCGGCCAGACGACUUGAUGGACAUGCAACACUGCAACCUCCUCUGCCUUCCCGAGAACUACCAGAUGAAAUACUAUUUCUACCAUGGCCUUUCCUGGCCCCAGCUCUCCUACAUCGCUGAGGCCGAGGACGGGAAGAUGGUGGGUUACAUCCUGGCCAAAAUGGAGGAGGACCCAGAUGACGUCCCCCACGGACAUAUCACCUCGCUGGCCGUGAAGCGUUCACACCGGCGCCUCGGCCUGGCCCAAAAGCUGAUGGACCAGGCCUCCCGGGCCAUGAUAGAGAACUUUAGUGCCAAGUACGUGUCCCUGCAUGUCAGGAAGAGUAACCGGGCAGCCCUGCACCUUUAUUCUAACACCCUCAACUUUCAGAUUAGUGAGGUGGAACCCAAAUAUUACGCAGAUGGAGAAGAUGCUUACGCUAUGAAGCGGGAUCUCUCGCAGAUGGCAGAUGAGCUGAGGAGGCAGCUGGAGCUGAAGGGGAAGGGCAGGUACGUGGUGCUGGGCUCCGGGGAGAACCAGGAAACCCAGGGCAGCAUACUUCCUGGUUCCAAAGAGGCCUGUUGGGAGGAGAAGAACGCGGCUGCUGACGACAGUGGCACUGACAGCAAGGAACCCAGUGAGUCCACGGAAAGCACGUACGUCCAGGACAGCUCAGAAGACUCAGAUUCCACCUCCUAGAACCUGCUUAAGCACUGCAGGUCCUCGUGUCUCGGCCACACCUGCCCUCUGAGCCCUGGCUUAGCCUGUGUCUGCUCUGCUGCAUCUGCUCUGGGGUCAUCUCACAGUGACCCCAGUGGCUUCUCACUCUCAACUCCCAGCCUUCCACAUACCCUACAGGGAUCAUGAAGGAAUGCGUGGACAGAAGCCCCUGCUGCACAAGAGCCAAGGAGGUUUGAGGCCUGCCAUCACAGAACCUUCCUUGGCCUGUUCACACGAUGCCGCCAUUUUAUUCUGUUUGUAGCAGUUCUGUGUUGGGUGUGGUUGUCUUGCAAGGUUGUUUCUUCCUAGAAUGCUGAGCAGGGAACAGGGCAAACUCCUGACGCUCUUCUGCUUUUGGGUUUUGCCAUUAUUUGUCUGAGUUUUCAUCCUGGAGGGGGAAGGCAGGACCAUCAAGUCAGACCUCAUGCCCCCUCCCUCCUCCUCCUCUGCCUUUUCUGACAGAAGUAUUCAAUUUUCUCUUCCUUCCUCUGGGAACCCAUCUCUGUCAUGUCCUCCCCUUUCUUGAGGAGAUAGUCUCCUUCUCCUUCCCGGUGGGGAAGUGGUGAGGAAGGGCUUCUGCUAUGCAAUCAGAACUUGGAGAUUUUAAGAAAAGGACAACCAGUAAUUAAAUUGGAAUAUCUAAUCAGCUUGUUUGUGUCAAUCUGGUUUUUUUUGUUAGUGACAUAACUGGCCAUUUAUUGAGAACCUGUAAUUUUCAGGCAUGAUGCUA